GCUGUAGAGCAGGGGUCACCAACGCGUCGCCCGCGGGCGCCAUGGCGCCCUCGAGGACUACUUGAGUCGCCCGCGAAGGCCUGUUCUAAAAUAGCCUAGUUCUCACGUGACACACAACUUUAUUUUAUUCGUUGUUAAACUUUCUAUUAUUUUUAAAUAUAUUGCAUUGCUUGUAAGAAGAUAACAAUAUGCAGUAUGCACGCAUAUAAACAUAUGCCUACUUAUAAAACGUAAUUUGUGUAAAAUAAAAUGCUUCAGAUUACGUAGAUUGGACCUAGCUGGUCUCCACGACAACCGUUGCGUGGAGACCGAGUCCAGUCAGUGCAGUGAAGCGAAGUCAAGAUGAACGGAUGAUUACAAUUUAAUCGAAAACAUGGCAGAAAAAAGAAAGAGAACGUAUUAUUUUCACGGUGAAUGGGAGCAAGAGUUUUUUUUUACCACUGUAAAAGAUGCCUGCGUGUGUCUCAUUUGCCGGGCGACUGUGGCGAUACCAAAGCGGCACAAUGUUGAGAGGCAUUUCAAGACCUGUCACGCAAGCUACCAUGCUAACUACCCACCGGGCAGCGCACUACGAGUGGAAAAAGUAAGUGAGCUAAAGGCAGGAUUGUGCAAGCAACAGUCUUUUUUCACAAGACCAGCUAAAAAAUCUCAGAAAGCUACCGAAGCCUCGUUCAGAGCAACAGAACACCUGAUAAAGAAGAAGAAGGCAUUUACAGAUGGAGACCUUUUCAAGGAAACGAUGAUGAUAGUUCUGAACACUGUGCUUAAAGACGAGAAAUAUGGGAAGGAAGUGCUCUCUUCUGUAGCUGAUGUUCAAAUGGGGGCAAGCACAAUGGUCAGGAGAGUGACAGCAAUGUCCGACAACUUGACUGAUCAGCUGGACCAGGAUCUCAGGGAGUGCAGGUGGUUCAGCAUCCAAUGUGAUGAGUCCAUCGACAGCAGCAGCACGGCGCAGCUGAUGAUGUUUGUUCGGAUGGUGUUUCAAGAUUUCUCUACAAAAGAGGAACUUCUCACACUACUCCCCCUAAAAACCAGCACAAGGGGGGUUGAUAUCUACAACGCGGUGAAGGAGUUUUUCAACAACAGAAACAUACCACUGGAAAAGCUGGUGUCGAUUACCACCGAUGGGGCUCCUGCGAUGACCGGACGGCAUGCAGGGUUCAUCGCGCUCUGUAAAAGCGACCCAGCGUUCCCGAAAUUCGUACAGUACCACUGCAUCAUUCACCAGCAGGCCUUAUGUGCAAAGGUGAUCGGCUUCGAGCACGUAAUGACUCCUGUUGUGAGGAUCAUAAACAGCAUCCGUUCCAAAGCUAAACAACACCGAAGUUUCAAGGUGAUGUUGGCGGAGCUGUCGGCUGAAUAUGGGGACCUGCUUCUCCACACGGACAUCCGAUGGCUCAGCAGAGGACGGAUUCUGCUCCGGUUUUUGUCGCUGUUGAGGGAGAUCAAAGAUUUUAUGAAAUCUAGAGACGAAGACACAUCGCUGCUGGAGGACGUUGCGUGGCUACUAGACCUGGCAUUUCUGACGGACAUUACUGGAAAACUGAACAAUCUGAACUGUGCGCUGCAAGGCAAAGGUAAGACUGUUGCCGACAUGAUCAGUGCUUUAAAUGCGUUUAAAGCACAGAUGAGCAUUUUCUCUGCGCAUUUACAGAGAAAAAAGGUGCUGCACUUCCCCUCUUUGCAGAUGGUGCUGAACGACAAUACCUCUGCGUCUGAGAUUUUUGGCAACGCUGCCGAAAAAUACACUCAAGUCAUAAACAGGGUUGGGCAAGAGUUUGAGAAUAGGUUUUGUGACAUUGAUAAACUUGAGCCAUGUGUGUCGUUCGUUUCGAAUCCAUUUAUAAACGUGGACACAACGUCCAUUGCUGAGCAACUAAGUGCAAUGUUCAGCUUGGAUGCUGGGCAGGUGGAAAUAGAAAUAGUGACACUGCAGAAUGACAUUCGCCUCAAAGCCCACCAGGCUGCAGCAAACUUUUGGGGCCUUGUUGAUACUGAAAAGUACAGUGGUCUGUGCACAGCAGCAAUGAAGGUUGCCAGUCUGUUUGGGUCUACCUAUCUUUGUGAAUCAGCCUUUUCUGACAUGAAUUUCAUAAAAAACGAACACAGAACACGGCUCACUGAUGCACAUCUGCAAGACUCACUCAGACUUGCAGUGUCAAAUUACAGCCCAGAUUACGAGGCCCUGGUUGCCAGCAUGCAAUGCCAGGCUUCCCAUUAAAACUUAUGAAAGAUUGUGAUGGAUUAAAUAGGCCUAUAAAUACUUUUGUUUAAUGUUAUGUUGUUCUGUUUGAUGGUGAUUACAGUGAAAUAGAAAUAAAGUGCUGAUUUUGA